UCUAUUGAAAUACAAAGCAGUUCGAGCAUAAAUUGGACAAGUGAAGUCAACCAGUUACUUGCACUGAAACAGGCUCAAGCUGCGGAGUUAGCCAGCUUAAAAGAGGAGAUAACUUUUCUUAUGCAGAAAGGAGGCCAACGACCGUUGCCAUCGCCUUCAGGCGGCCAGGGAGUUGGAGCUCGAGACCCCAGUAACCUAGAUGCUAGUGUUGAUCAGCACCAAGCUGAUUUAGCAAGAUUGAAUUACGAAUCAAAAGAACAGAAAGAUUUCAACCCUGAACUUCAACAAAUCCAGCAGGCCACUUCAAAUACUGAAAACACGGAAAAGGAUCUCACAGUGGACAACAGGGAAUAA